AUGAAGGAGUUUGCGGUGCGAGGCGAUGAGGUUCAGGACAUUCAGGAUGUGCCAGAGAUGUCCAUUCUCACAGGUGUGACGAAACGCACCAAGCGGCACAUUGAAGACACCAAGGUGAUUCCGCUCAUGUGGCCCGUCGAGGUACGUUUGUGCGUUGCGAGUUUUCUUCCAUGGGCUGAACUUGUGGCCGACUCGUGUCUGUGUCAUUCCUGGCGAGUACUUGAGAUGGAAGACACACUCUGGCAGGUGUACUUUGCAUCAACUUGGCCCAGGAUGGCCCGGCGCAAGAAGGCUGCAGCCGAUGACCAAGGCUUGCCUUGGCGGGCGCUCUUUCGUGCUCAGUGGUCGAAAGGUGGCAAUCGUCAGGAGGAUGCCCUCGAGGAGGACUGGCUGGACUUCAGUGCUGCUCAAGGUCUGGAGGCGCGAGUUGCAUCACAGAGGCCCCCGGUGCUCGCUUGGCCAGAGAAGCUGCAGCGUGCAACACAACGGAUCCUGAUCUCAGUGCUGCACAACAAGUUGGCCGGUGGUUCGAACAAGGACAGUGAGCGUCAGAAAGUGCAAGCAAGGAAUUCAUGUCCUGGAGGUUACUUCAUGAGCGAAGAGCAGGCGCUUAAGGUUUUUGAUGGCUCCGGGGCAGGCCAGGGCCAGAGCUCUGCAGCGGUGGGAGCUUCUCUCACGCGCGGAACGCUCUUCACGCUCUGCUCUUUCGAGUGCAAGCAAGGCGAAGUCGACGUCGGUCGCCGCCUGGCCAAGGAUCAUCACGACCUCGUCGACGGGAUUUCGGGAGACUUCCUGGAACCACGCCCGGUCGGCGGGGUCCGGGCCGUAGCCCUUGAUGAGGGCGAACUGGCCAGCAACGUUGUGGAUAAAGGCGGACCGGGAGGGGCGCCAGCACUAUCCCUGGCGCCCGCGACCAGACGGCGCAAGGCCAUCAGCACCGAGCGAAGCCCCACGGAGAGGAUCUUGGCGGUCCGGUUCCACGCCCUCGGGGCCUGGGCCUUGGACGGCUUGGUCUGCAGCCCCAGCAGCGCCGGUCCGACAGGAAACGCUCAGUGUUUGCAGAAGGCGCAGGAUUUUCACGGCAUUCGGCCGGUGCUCAGCGGACAGUACGUGCCGGCAGCAGGAUGCUCGCACCCCGAUUCGACGUCCAGGCCAUCGCGAGGUCCGCCGUUGACAGGCACUCAGGCAGCCGGGUCGGCAGUUCUGGUCGGAUGCCAGUGCAAGUUCGCAAGGCGGCGUUUGAAGCGGGCGGCGGGUGUACGUGCGCUUAAAGCUCAGUCAGCGUCGAGGCCAUCGGCAUCGACCGCUGCUGUCCAAGAGGCACAAGACUUUGACAGCGGUGAUGUGCUGCCUGGAUCUGAGCUCGAAGCAAUGAUGAGUGAACUCCGCACACUGGAGGCUUCCCGAGGAUCCGAGAGCUCCGACGACUCUGAGGACAGCGUCGUUGUGGCUGCAGCAGAUGAUGCUACGGCAACGGAGCCUGUCGAUGUCACUCAACUUGAGCGCAGUGGCCAGAUUGCUGUUCUCGGUGUUCCAAACUCUGGAAAAUCCUCCUUGGUCAAUGCGCUUGUGGGCGCGAAGGUGUCCAUUGUCUCGCCAAAGCCGCAGACAACGCGGCAAAGAAUCUUGGGCCUGGCUUUGCUUGCUCCAACUGCUGACUCCGCACCGACAACCCAGGCCGUCUUCGCUGACACAGCUGGCAUCAUGGAGGUCGGUGAGUCCGUUUCGGAGUUUGCUUUCAGGCACAAACGGAAACGCUUGUUUCGACAGACGAGGCUCCACAAGGCGAUGGUGAAAACAGCAUGGAAACAAACGAGAGCAUCCGAUGCAUUAUUUUGGGUCUUGGAUGCUUCAAAAUGCUUGGCAUACGGCGAUUACAUGCCCGCCUGUGCGGAGCUGGACGGCGUGUCAAUUGGGCCAGCAGUGGAGGACUCCUGGUGGCUACAUCCUGAGCUUGCAGAAGAGCUCUCAUUCUUGAGAAGGCUGCGACGCUUGAAUGCAAAGGUGAACGUGGUGCUCAACAAGGUCGACCUGCUUCGGGACAUGCGCGUUGAUGUAGAAGCUUUUGUGUCACAAAUGAAGGAUGUGCUCCUUCAAGACUUGGGUGUCGACGCGAAUGGUGAGGUGUUGCUGCAGAACCUGUGGCCAACCUCAGUGCUCAAGGAUCCUGAAUCUCUUGAUCCGGUAAAAAUGUGGCUUUGUGAGAACCUUCCCAAGCAAAGUCCGAUUUACCCCGUGGAGAGCCUCAGCGACGUUCCUGCACGAGUAGCAGCUUCUGAGAUCACCAGGGAGAAGUUGUUCAAUGUUCUGAGGGAAGAGGUUCCAUAUCAAAUAGCGGUCAUCAAUGUGGUUUGGCAAGAGGAAGCGGAUGGCAUGCUUCGACUUGGCCAGAGAGUUAUUGUCAACAACGAAGGGCAAGUCAAAAUAGUUCGAUCUUGGCUAAGACAGGUGACCGAAGAAGCUGAAGCGGAAAUUUCAGAAAUCGUGAAUUUGGGCAGGCCGGUGGAGCUCCACUUCCAGAUUCAGGUUGAUCCAAAGUGGCAGGAAAAGGAAGAUUAUUAUCAGGAUCUCCAAGGUCUGCUAGACCGGAGUGGUUCCCUUCUUUUCCCACAAUAG